AUGGCGAGUCCCUCUCCCCCAGGGGAAGCCAGUCUCUGUGAAUGCGGCCGCAUGUCAAUCACCGGCUCUCAUGUGAUGGCUCUUGCCAAUGACGUGCCAGCCAUAUGGGCCUGGCAUCAGAGCUGGUUGCUUGCCACAAUGUUGAGCCGUCUGUUCAGCGAGGUGCUGCCGGACGUCCAGAGGCUCGCGGCUGACUGGGUGGAGGACAAUGAGAGCGAGGACUGCAAGGCCAAGGACGAUGAGCACGAGCCCUGUCACCUCGGGGAGGACGACCUGGACGAGCCGCAGGAAGGCAGCAGUCGAGCCGAGUCUGAGAUGGCCGGCGACGACGAUGAGGAUGAUGAGGCCGAGGAAGAGGAGUGCGGAGACGAGAACGAUGGAGACAAACCCAAGAAGCGCGGCCCAAAGAAACGCAAGAUGACGGCGGAGCGCGUGGAGCGCUCCAAGGUGCGUCGACUGAAGGCGAACGCGCGGGAGCGCACGCGCAUGCACGACUUGAAUUCUGCGCUGGACAAUCUGCGCAAAGUGGUGCCAUGCUACUCCAAAACUCAAAAACUCUCCAAGAUCGAGACUCUGAGGCUGGCCAAGAAUUAUAUCUUAGCACUUGGGGAGAUUUUACGCAACGGGAAACGUCCAGAUGUGGUGACCUACGUGCAGAUGUUGUGUAAAGGCCUGUCACAGCCCACGACCAACCUGGUAGCAGGCUGCCUGCAGCUCAACACUAGGAACUUCCUAACUGAGCCGUGCUCAGACGGAGCCCGCUUCCACAUGCCCAGCUCUCCUUUCUCCGUCCACCCCUACUCCUACCGCUGUUCUCGCCUCUCCAGUCCGCAUUACCAGCCCGGAACCAGUGCGCUAAACUUGCGGGGCCAUUCCUACGGUUCUGGGUACGAGGCCGUGUACCAGCCGGGGGGGACGUCUCCUGACUACAGCAGCCCGGACUACGAAGGCCAGCACAGCCCGCCCGUCUGCCUGAACGGCGUACUGUCUGGGAGACAGCAGGAGUCCUCUGAGACAGACAGGAACUAUCACUACUCUAUGCAUUACACCGGACUGACCACGUCUCGACCCGGCCACAGCCUAAGUUUUGGGCCCUCGGGAGCGCGCAGUGGUGGUGCGCACUCGGAAAACAUUCCACCUUUCCACGACGUGCACUUGCACCACGACAGGGCUCCUCCAUGUGAGGAUGUCAAUGCUUUUUUCCACAACUGA